AUGAGUAUCGAACGUCAGAAGUUUACUCAAAUCCAACUCCAGCUUAUUCGCACUAUCGAAUCCAGCCCGGCUUCACAGACCACAUGCCAGAACCAAGGACUUUUAGAAUGCAUGCGCCGUCGGUUCACAACAAAACCAAAACUUGAAGAAGAGGUGCACCGGACAUGCUCAGUCAUCGAAGAAGUGACCCAGCCCAUUUCCCCCGUCGUUGAUCUCCAAAUGAAUGAGUCCUCAAGAAGAGAUUGUGACAUCCACAUCCCAUUCUCAAUUCCUGUGCCAGUCAACAUACCUGGCUCCGAAACCACAGCCUUGGGGUCAAUUUCCUACACCAUCCUUGCCUCAGUGGUAGCAGAAAGCCACAGCGUCAUUAGCACCGCUCAUACUAUUCAUCUGGAUCGCCUGGUCAUCUCAGAUGAGCCAACCAUCCAGCAUGUGCGGUCAUACCCGAAAUCGAAGCUGGUCACUCAAAUUGCUCUUUCACAACACCUCAAUACGGACUCGCAUUCCAACCUCUCCUUUUCGAUGAAUGUCGAACUCAAAAGACCAAGUACCGCAGGCAUUCGUCCGUCGGAGUUCACAUGCUCUACAGUCCGAGGAAUUCGGUGUCGGGUAGAAGAAGUGACCACAUUAUUUGCCAAAUCCAGCGAGAACGAACCCAGGGACGGAGACAGGGAAACGACCAUCGAACGGUACUGGGGCACGCCCGGGAAUCCAAUCGUCGAAGCACAACAUGGCUCAGUCCAGGCAGAUUCGUCUGUAGAUCUCGUUUUCAACUUCACCAUCCCGAAGAAUAUCAAGCCCGCACAAGUGACCGACUGGUCUUGCUACGCCUUUGAUCCAGAGCAUGUGAAAUCUGAUUUACUGCCUACCAAUCUUCGUGAAUGCUAUUCCUCGACCACGCAGGAAAAGCUGGCAAUCAUAAUUGAGCACCGUCUGAAGCUGGACUUGAUUACAGGGGAAGAUACUUUUGACCGACACACUAAGAGUCUGGUGGAUCGCAAGCCUCUGCGGACUGCUUUGAAUGCAUCGUUUCCUCUAAGAAUACUUGCGAAAAGCGAAGAGGAUACAGGGCAAGCGGUUAUGGAAAGAGUUCCUCCAAGGUACGAGGAGGUCCCCACAGCGCCUCCCAACUAUGAUCCUUUCGCUCUAUGGCCCCUCCAAAAUGACACCAGCCGUUAA